AUGUCGGACAAUAUUCAUCUCAAUGUUGCUAUCCUGAGCUGCGAUACGCCGGUCGAGUCUGUCCUCAAGAAAUAUGGCGACUACUUCGUGAUAUACAAGGAGUUCCUGAGACAGGCUUUUGGGGACAUCAAAGUGACCUUUAGUGAGCACGACAUGGUUGAGAUGGAGCCAUUUCCUGACCUCAAGAAUGUUGACGCGAUGAUCAUGACUGGAAGCAAACACGAUGCCUGGUCCGAUGCUCCAUGGAUUCUGAGUCUCACAGACCAAAUUCAGCAGGCUCUGACACAUAAAGUACCGGUCGUCGGAAUUUGCUUCGGGCAUCAAAUACUCGCACGAGCACUUGGGGCGAAAGUGGGGAGAGGCGACAGCUGGGAAAUUUCAGUCGGAAAUGUCGAUUUAACCGAGUCCGGGAAGGCGCUAUUUGGAAAAGACACCUUGAGCAUCCAACAAAUGCACCGCGAUAUCGUUUUUACACUCCCAGAAGGUUGCGUGAAUCUUGGAACGAGUCCAUUAUGUCAAUUGCAGGGCCUAUACUCGCCCCACAAACUUCUUUCGGUACAGGGCCACCCUGAAUACCACGAAGGUAUCAUGAAUUGCAUCCUGGAAACCCGACAUGACAGUGGUGUGUUCAACGAUGAGUUGUACAAGGAUGCCAAGUCCCGCGCGGGAAAUCUACACGAUAGUUUAUUGAUAGGGCGUGUAAUUUCCAAGUUCGUACUGGACGCAAAGGUGGCGAGAUUGGAUGGAUAG